CACCCUGCGAUCUUCUCAGUGCCAUGCGAGCAGGGAUAGAGUUGCUGGACCCCGCUUCCCGCUGCGCCCGUCCCCAGGACACGAACUGGAAGCUAUACAAAAACAAGGAAGCACAGCGCGCGAAACUCCACACACGGCUCGAGACGGAUUGAGAAGGUUUAGCGGAGAGAUACAGACGCAAAACUUGUUAGGGGCAGCUUAUAAGAAGAGGGAGACCCACUUCUCGUUGGCUUUUGUAGUAAUACUCCUUGCCUGAGCCGAGGCGUGGGCCUGCCACCAUUCCUUUGAGUCUUGAGCGCUUUACCUGGUGAACGAAUAUCGCAAGAAAUGUCGUCGGUUGUCAGAGUCAGCCUGGAGAGCGACUCACACGACGAAGAGGUCGUCCAACCUUCCGCGGUCGCACACAUUGCCCGAAAGAGGACGCGCAUCGCCAAAGCUUGCGACUUUUGUAAACGCCGGAAAGUCAAGUGCGACGGGGUUACACCGGAACGCCUCAAGUGCAGUACAUGUAUCUCCUUUGGUCUCGAAUGCGUGUUCUCUUCGGAAAGCAAGAAACGCGGCCCUCCCAAGAGGCCCAAGGCCGAUACACCCUCUGAUCUAUCCCGUUCCAAGUCCUCCUCGCCCGACCAACCUCCCUAUCUUCUCAGUCGCAACAUCCCGGGAUCCUUCGAGAAUACCGCUGUCGCCGAGCGCGACGGUCCUGGCCUCCUCCACGACGAUGAUGGCGAAGACGAUCCCGACGCGCGCUGGACUGCCGCCGCUCACUCGGCCGACCAGCAGGCGGUCACUGACGCGGACGCGCAUACCGUCGUCUCGCUCUCCGAGUUCCUCGCCAAGCUCGAGCUCGACCCGCUCAUGCCGCGCCAGGUCGUGAACGACAACACGGACGUUGCCCGGCUCGUGAAGGCCGCCAUGCGCCCCUAUCGGGACGUGUUCCAGCAAGCAAUGCGUGCCCGUCGACAGGAGUUUUGGCAGAUCCGGCCUUGGGAGAUUGCGCAGCUGACGAUCUACGAAACCGCCGUCUCCCAACAACGCUUCGUCUUCCCCGACGCGGACCUCAUCCCGCUCCUCGUUGCGCUCUACUUCGAUCACCUCAACAUCUACUCCCCCAUCCUCCACCGCCCGACGUUCGAGUCCGCCCUCCGGGACGGCCUUCACCUGCGCGACAACGGGUUCGGCGCCGUACUGCUGCUCGUGUGUGCCCUCGGCGCGCGCUACACGGACGAUCCACGCAUACUCCUCGACCGGUCCGCGUCCCAGUCCGCCGGCUGGCAGUGGUACAACCAGGCGCAGAUGAUCCGGAAGUCGCCGCUAGCGCCGCCGCGGCUGUACGACGUCCAGCAGUACUGUUUGGCGUCACAGUUCCUCCUGGGGAGCACGGCUCCUCAUGUGGGCUGGAACAUGAUCGGCCUCGGCCUGCGCCUUUGUCAAGACGUGAGCGCCCACCGGGGGAGGGUGUAUCGAGGCGUGGGCGAGGGCCAGAUCGUGGAGGAGCAGUGGAAACGCGUCUUCUGGAUACUGGUUAACCUCGACCGAACAACCUGCAGCGAGCUGGGGCGGAGCCUCGCAAUGCUUGAUGAUGACAUCGAUGCGCCCCUGCCUCACGAGUGCGAUGACGAGUAUUGGCGUACUCCGGACGGAAAGUACUUCCAGCAACCGCCUGGAAAACCCUCGAUGGCGUCCCACCUCAUCUGGAAUAUCAAAAUCCGCUCCAUUCAGGCCUUCGCUACCCGCACCCUCUUCGCUGUCUCCCGACCGAAGAGCUACGAGUGGGAAGAGCGCAUCACAGCUAGGCUGGAUCUGGCGCUCGAGAAGUGGAAGGAGAAGAUACCCGAACAUCUGCGCUGGAACCCGUCCCAACCGAAUGCGGUGUUCCUCCGGCAGGCGGCCUCACUUUGGUGCAUGUACCACUACACGCGAAUCAUCAUCCACCGGCCGUUCAUCAUCUCCGCCCGGCGUGCGACCCCACUCGGUAUCUCUUCGCUUGCGAUCUGCUGCUCCUCUGCCCGCUGCCUCGCGCGUAUUCUCGAAGUGGUCAUGCGCGAUUACCCGCCGAUGAGUUUGCAUAUCAUCGCGGCGUUCGCCGCGGCCAGUAUUCUCCUGCUUUCGCGGUGGGGAGACGGUGGACCGGGUGCGGAGCCGCCAUCGCAGGAGGAUAUGCGGGAUGUGCUCGUCUUCCUCGGUUUCAUCAGAUCUGGCGAGCGCAGAUGGAACCUCGCAGGCCGUUUAUUCGACCUCUUGGGCGAGAUGAUCACCGUCGUCCGCCGCGUGGCAGAGAAGAAGGGGAAAUCGAUCAAGAUGAGCGGUACUAGUUUGAGUGCAGGGCUGGGUACCACCAACGUCCUCGACAUGGCGGUUAUGGCUCCUGAGUCCUCCGGUCAAGGCAACCAAGUUCAGCCCAUAGUGGACUCCAUGUCCCCUCCCCCGCCAAAGGUGACAGCAUCCUUCCCGCCCACACAAGAUAGGUCGUCCUUCGGCGUUCCCGAUUACGACGUGCACUUCACGCUGCAGCAGCAGCACGAACAAGGGCAGGGUCAGCAAGACCAAGCGCCCCAGCUCUACGCGCCGACGCUCGGCUCUGACGUGUGGACGGCGUUCGACGACUUCCUGGCUCAGCAGAAUCUCGUCGGUGCAGACCUGGUCGGCGCCUACCACGCGCCGCACAACCUGCCCGGCGCGGUGCAGCAGGGGUACGACCACCCCCAACCCCAUCAGAGCGCAUCGUCCGUGCAGGCAUACGGCUCCGCCAUGUCCGAGCUCGGGCUACCAAGUUUUCCCGGCGAAGCCGUUGGGAUACAGUCACAAUCGUUCGAUUUUCUGAUGGAGGCUGUCGCGCAGGGGAAUGAGGGGCAAGGGCAGGACGAAACGUUUGCGAGCUGGGCGGCGAGUCUCCCUGGAUCGGAGUGA